AUGGUUGACCUGCGUCUCCACGUCGUCGCCACCGUCCUGGGCAUGGCCCUGGCGGCAGCUGCCGGCAAACAGUUCGAGUUCCAGGAGGCCACCGUGGACGCCCUCCACCAGGGCUUCAAGAACGGCAGCCUCACAUCGACGGCGCUCGUCCGGUUCUACCUGGACCAGAUCGCCCGCCUCAACCCGCUGCUGCACGCCGUCAUCGAGGUGAACCCGGACGCGCUCGCGCAGGCGGCGCGCGCCGACGCCGAGCGCUCGGCCUCCCGCGGCCGCUGCGCCGUCGGCCUGCACGGCAUCCCCGUCCUGCUCAAGGACAACAUCGCCACGCGCGACCGGCUCAACACCACGGCCGGCUCCCUCGCGCUGCUCGGCUCCGUCGUCAGGCGCGACGCGGGCGUGGUGACCCGCCUCCGGCGCGCCGGCGCCGUCAUCCUCGGCAAGGCCAACCCCUCCGAGUGGUCCAACUUCCGCCCCGUCGACAACGGCUGGAGCGCCCGCGGCGGCCAGACGCGGAAUCCAUACGUCCUGUCCGCGACGCCGUGCGGGUCGAGCGCUGGGCCUGGCGUUGCCGCGGCAGCCAACAUGGCAGCGGUGACACUGGGGUCCGAGACCGACGGCUCCAUCCUCUGCCCAUCGUCGCUCAACUCUGUGGUUGGCAUCAAACCGAGUGUUGGGUUGACUAGCCGGUCCGGUGUCAUCCCCAUUACGCCUCUUCAAGACACGAUUGGACCAAUGUGUCGCACAGUAUCUGAUGCCGUCUAUGUGUUGGACGUCAUUGUCGGCUAUGACGAGCUUGAUGCUGAAGCCACCGGAGCAGCUUCCCAGUACAUCCCGCAUGAGGGAUACACUCAGUUCCUGAGCAUCCAUGGAUUGAAGGGCAAGAGGAUCGGUGUCCUCGAUGUGUUUUUUCAAGGAUACGAUGACAUCCAAUUGGCGGUUUAUGAGAAGCAUCUCGAUACAAUGAGGCAACAAGGCGCUGUCGUGGUCAAGGAUCUUGACAUUGCAACAAAUUUCACUGAUCUGGAUGACCAAGAGACUCUGCUGAUGAAUUCAGAGUUCAAGUUAAGCAUCAAUGCUUAUUUGUCAGACCUACUGUACUCUCCGGUUCGCUCCCUUGCACAGGUCAUAGCAUUCAACGAAGCGCAUCCUGUAGAGGAGAGACUCAAAGAUUUUGGGCAGCCAGACCUGAUUGCCGCGGAGAAAACCAAUGGCAUUGGCACCAGGGAGAGAGCUGCCAUCCAGCGGCUCAAGGAGAUAUCCACCAAUGGGUUGGAAAAGCUGAUGAAGGAACACCAGCUGGAUGCAAUCGUGGCGCCCAACAGCGACGCCUCCUCUGUUCUCGCCGUCGGGGGCUAUCCGGGCAUCGCCGUGCCGGCGGGGUACGACGGGCAGGGAGUCCCCUUUGCGAUAUGCUUUGGUGGGCUCAAGGGCUACGAGCCAAGGUUGAUUGAGAUCGCUUAUGCGUUCGAGCAAGCUACAAAAGUCAGAAGACCGCCUAGUUUCAAGAGGUAG